CUCAUAUUCAUUCGCAGCCUAUCAAAUCUGUUACCCAUUCUUGGAUUGCGAUAUGUUUGUACAACGUCACAUUUUCUGUGCUCUCUCACUGGGCGUUGCAAUUACCACAGUCUCGUCAUUCGAGACUGAACCUUUCGCACCCCCAGUUUUCAAUGUCACCGAGCUAUCGGGGUUGCCACUCGCAUCCGGACUCGUAUUCCUGACGCCAUUGAAUCUCACUGCGGGGUCAGCUGUGAUUAUGACCGGCAGCGGCGACCUUGUCUGGAGCAGCGAGGCGAGCGGAUCAUACACCAAUUUCUUAACUACAAGUCUGUACGGCCAGCCAGUUCUCACAUUCUGGAAUGGAACCGGAAACGCAAACCCUCUGAUUUCAGGACAUGGUUAUGGCAAAGUGCAGAUUCUCGAUAACACCUACACGGAACUCUACAGUAUAUGUCCUGAUCUCAACUUGAACUUUCCGCCUGCGGCAAUAAGGUACGAAUGCCAGGCGGAUAUUCAUGAAUCCGUUGUUACGGACAGAGGCACUUUGAUUGUGACUGCGUAUAAUUAUACCCAGGCUGAUCUCACGUCUAUUAACGGCACUGCUGAUGGUUGGAUUUAUGAUGGCCUAGUCUUCGAAAUCGAUAUCCCAACUCAAGAAAUCUUAUUUUCGUGGAGUGCAAUUGAACAUGUUCCGGUCAAUGCUACAAAAUUACCACUGGCAGGUGCGGGGAGUAGCGCCGAUCCCUUCGAUUACUUUCACAUCAACUCAAUCCAACCUGUUGGAGAUGGAUUCUUAGUGAACAGUCGGCACACGUGGACCACGUAUAAGAUUGAUUCGAAAGGUCAAAUUGAAUGGGAGUUUGAAGGAUCGAAUGGUGGAGACUUUGAACUUCCAUCUGACGGUGAAUUCUCAUGGCAGCAUCGUGUUCGAGUUGAGCAUGUGACUCCCGAGGGUCUCGUCCUCCAUAUGUUCGACAAUGCCAACGCCAACAGAAUCACUCCCAAUCAAACCCUCGGCUUAGACUUCUAUCUCAACCUGACUAGCAAGGAGGCAACUAUUCUCAAGAGGCUGGCCGACCCUAACGAACCUCUAUUUGCUACCUCGCAAGGAGCAUACGAUGCGCUCCCCAACGGAAACGUCUUUAUGGGCUACGGUGAGCUGCCAGUAUUCAAGGAAUUCGGUCCAGAAGGAGAUGUUCGCAUGUCCACUCAAUGGGCAGGGCUGGAUGCCUCUUCUUCAUAUCGUACCUAUCGUCUAGAUUGGACAGCCCAGCCGGCGGCAUCUCCAAUCGUGGUUGCGAGAGCAGGCUCGGCGUUUAUGAGUUGGAACGGAGCUACGAACAUCGCGGGUUGGGAAAUAUAUGAAGGAGAGACUGCCGAUGCAUUGAAUCUUACCAAGACGGUUGCCAAUGAUGGGUUUGAGACAAAGGUGUCUAUUUCAAAUUCUACGCAGUUUGUUCAGGUUGCAGCUUUGUGGGGCCAUUAUCAUGGAAGUGCUCGUAAUUCUAGCGUAGUAUCUGUCUCUUGAGGCAUGGAUCCGAGAAGAUGAAUGAAGAUACGC